UUUUCCUCUCAUUUUCUUCGUCAUUCUUAUAGAGAGACAACAAAAAGGUAAACCGAAGUUGUGGAGCCAAGCCCAAGUUCCCAGUUGUUUCAGCUUUCAUCAUCUUCGUCUUUUUGGAUCCGACUGCGUUUCCUUGCUGUUUACCCCGUCGAUUCCUUGAGAAUGAUUUUCUUCUUCUUUUUUCAGAAAUAGAGACGCAAGCCCUUGUCCGAUGGUUGUACCUGGGGAAAAGGAGAAUUUUCGUAUAUUUUAUUAACAUGAAGUGAAAGGUUGAAGGCGGUGGUUGCUUUUACGUUUUUCUUUGUUGCUUCUUAUUUUUUUUCUCUGAGAUGAUGAAGCGCUAAGCUGAGAUUUCGUCAAAGUUCUUCUCAAUCUUUGUCUGAUCUGAUAAUCAGCCGUGAAAUUUUCAAACUGUAAUUUUUGUGUGAAAGAGAUCAUCUGGUGUCUGGAAAUUUUUUUUUUUCAGACCCAUGGAGGAGGUAGGCGCUCAAGUAGCUCCUCCCAUAUUUAUGCACCAGCCCCUUGGCAGCUACUUCCGUGAACCACCUUCUUUAUCCAGGAAACGUGACCUUCCUUAUCGGCCUCUCGAUUUUCAAUACCAAGACGCUUUGCAACAGCGUGUUGCAAACUCCGGGGACAACUGGAACCCGAAGCUAUGGGAGUGGGAUGCCAUCAGAUUUGUCGCCAAACCCUUGAACACCGAGAUUCUGCAGGCAGGGACUGCCACAGCAGAACAGAAAAAGAAAGGUCAUGCUAUUGGCAAUGAAAACACUAUAACAUCCAAGAAGGCCACUGCAGUAAAUCAUGAUGAUGAGAGGCUGCAACUGAAUCUAGGCUGGGGUUUGAAUUCUAUGGAAGAGUCAGUGUCCAGGCCUAACAAAAAGGGGCGUGUUGGAUCCCCUGGGAGUACCCACUACCCCAUGUGUCAGGUUGAUAAUUGUAAGGAAGAUCUUUCUAAUGCGAAGGACUAUCACCGUCGCCACAAAGUGUGCGAGAUUCAUAGUAAAGCGACUAAAGCUCUUGUUGAGAAGCAGAUGCAGAGGUUCUGCCAGCAGUGUAGCAGGUUUCACCCUCUUUCAGAGUUUGAUGAGGGGAAAAGAAGUUGUAGGCGUAGACUUGCCGGGCAUAAUCGCCGUAGAAGGAAGACACAAUCAGAAGAUGUUACCUCACGGCUUUUACUCCCUGUAAACAGGGAUAUUGCUGGGAAUGGAAAUUUAGAUAUCGUCAAUCUGCUCACACUUUUGGCUCGGACACAAGGCAAAAACGACGACAAAAGCAUUAAUUCCUCACCCGUACCAAAUAGAGAUCAACUUGUUCAGAUUCUUAGUAAGAUAAAUUCAUUACCUUUGCCCACGGACCUGGCUGCAAAGUUGGCCAAUUUGGGAACUUUGAACAGGAAAAGCCAGGAUCAGCCUUUGAUAGGUGAUCAACACCAAUUGAAUGGGGAAAACACAUCUUCUCCAUCUACUGUAGAUUUGCUUGCUGCCCUUUCAGCUACAUUGUCAUCCUCUUCUUCUGAUGCCCUUGCAAAUCUAUCUCAAAGAAGCAGUCCAAGCAGUGAUAGCCAAAAGACCAAGUCGAUCUGUCCUGAUAAUGUAGCUGCUCCCAGUUCACGAAUCAGAACUCCUACGGAGUUUACAUCAGUUGGAGGAGAAAGAAUUAGCAGCAAUUAUCAAUCUCCUGUUGAAGACUCUGAAUGCCAGAUUCAAGAAACAAGAGCUAAUUUACCACUGCAGCUAUUUAGCUCCUCUCCUGAGGAUGAAGGCCCACCAAAACUAUCAUCUUCUAGGAAGUAUUUCUCUUCCGGUAGUAGCAAUCCAAUGGAGGAAGGAUCUCCUUCUUCAUCUCCAGUUGUGCAAAAAUUGUUCCCAAUGAAUAGCACAACCGAAGCUGUCAAGUAUGAGAAACCGCUCAUUGGAAGAGAAACUAAUACAACUGCUGAAGCAAGCAGGGCUCAUGGUUCUAUCCUACCUCUUGAGCUCUUUAGUGGGUCAGAAAGAGGAACUAGACAUGGUUCACUUCAACAUUUCCCUUCACAAACUGGGUACACAUCUUCUUCUGGGUCAGAUCAUUCCCCCCCUAGCUUGAACUCUGAUUCUCAGGAUCGUACUGGGCGAAUAAUUUUUAAGCUGUUUGACAAGGACCCCAGCCACUUCCCUGGUACACUGCGGACCCAGAUCUAUAAUUGGCUUUCAAAUAGUCCGUCUGAAAUGGAGAGCUAUAUAAGGCCUGGAUGUGUAGUUCUGUCAAUCUAUGUUUCAAUGUCAUCUGCUGCCUGGAAGCAUCUUGAAGGAAACCUGCUUCAGUAUGUCUAUUGUUUGUUGCAAGACUCAGAUUCAGAUUUUUGGAGGAAAGCAAGGUUUUUAAUUCAUGCUAGGAACCGACAGUUAGCUUCUCAUAAGGAUGGAAAGAUUCGUCUAUGCAAAUCAUGGAGAUCAUGUAGUUCGCCUGAGUUGAUCUCAGUGUCUCCUCUGGCCAUUGUGGGUGGACAGGAAACCUCUCUUUUGGUGAGGGGUAGAAAUCUAAGUAAUCCUGGCACCAAGAUUCAUUGUGCGUACAUGGGAGGAUACUCAUCAAUGGAGAUUAGUGGCUUAGCAUAUAAGGGAGCCACAUGUGACGAGGUAAACAUGGGCGGUUUUAAGAUUCAGGUUCCAUCACCAAAAGCACUAGGUCGUUGUUUCAUUGAGGUGGAAAGUGGAUUCAAGGGCAACAGUUUUCCUAUUAUAAUAGCAGAUGCUGCCAUUUGUAAAGAGUUGAGACUUCUGGAAUCUGAACUUGAUGUAGAAGCUGAAGCUUCUGGUAUUAUUUCUGAAGAACAUGCUUACGAUUGUCACCGUCCAAGGUCAAGGGAGGAAGCCCUUCACUUUCUGAAUGAAAUCGGAUGGGUAUUCCAGAGAAGUACUGAUCCAUUGCCCAAGAGUUCUGACCAUUCCCUUUACCGGUUCAAAUUUUUGCUCAUAUUCUCUGUUGAGAGAGAUUAUUGUGCUUUGGUAAAAGUACUUCUUGACAUACUGGUGGAAAGCAACUUGGAUAUGGAUGGGCUAUCCAAGGAGUCGCUGGCCAUGCUCUCUGAGAUUCAGCUCUUAAGCCUAGCAGUGAAAAGAAGGUGUAGGAAUAUGGCUGACUUGCUUGUACAUUAUUCUAUUAAUAGCGGAGAUGAAAGCUCAAAAAUAUAUAUCUUCCCACCAAAUCUUGAAGGUGCUGGUGGAAUCACACCUUUACAUUUGGCUGCAUGUACAUCUGGAUCAGAUGAUUUGGUAGAUGUGCUGACGAAUGAUCCACAGGAGAUUGGUUUGAACUGCUGGAAUUCCCUUCUGGAUGCAAAUGGGCAGUCUCCAUAUGCCUAUGCUAUGAUGAGAAACAACCAUUCAUACAACAAGUUAGUGGCUGGCAAAUAUGCUGAUAGAAAGAAUGGUCAAGUUUCUUUGACCAUCAGUGACAAGUGCUCGGGCAUCUCUGCGGUGCAGUUAAGCAAGAUAAGUUCUCAGCCCAAGCAAAAUCGUGGUUCUUGUGCCAAGUGUGCUGUUGUGGCAACGAAGUAUAGACAUAGGUUUCCAGGUUCACAAGGUUUGCUGCAACGUCCUUAUGUUCACUCGAUGCUUGCCAUUGCUGCUGUCUGUGUUUGUGUCUGCUUAUUCAUGCGGGGCUCGCCCGACAUUGGUCAAGUUUCUCCCUUUAAGUGGGAAAAUUUGGAUUUUGGCACGAUUUAAUUGGUAGGGAGGGCAAAUCAUUUUGAAUUAAGUAACAAUAGGGGCAGAUUAUGCAUGGUUCUUUGGACUUUUGAGCCCAAGUGAAACUCAAGGAUAAAACUGGCUGGCACAGGUGGACACCAUAUACUGCUGGUUGCCUGUGAGCAAACCUGAAAUAUGGGGUAUCCCCUUUAGGCUUUCUGUCCUUUGGGCAUACUGGAUUGUGGUAAUCUCACAUACCCUAUGACCAUACAUAGGCAUAUUUGUUGGAAUGAAGAUGUACGUAUGAGCACUGGGGUUGAAUGAAUAUUACCACUGCUAAAAUUUUGGAAUGGAAGUGACCGAGUAUAAAGACAGAUGUCAGGGAAGAUGUAAGCAAUCCAAUGAGAGAUAAGUAGAAAUUAAUUAUAUUAACGUGCUUGUAUUGUAUUCUAUUGUAUGUGCAUGUUUCACUUUGAUUCUUAUUUUAGAGAAAGUUAUGGUCUGUAUUUGUUUCAUUAUCAUCUCAUUGUAAAGUUGCUGAACAACGAGUAGGAUUGAUUAUAGUUAUACAAUGUUGUACUUUGAAUA